GACCCUUCAUCAGUUGUCGGCUCAUUUCAAGUAUAUGCAUUCACUGUUCUACAAUCUGACAUAUAUAAAUUGCUGAACCCGCUAUAUAUAAUUCAAUAGGUUACACUAACAUUUGAAAGUUCGUAUCUCAACAGUUGCUGCACUACUUAACAUUCACUUGAUAAUGACACAUAAACCUCGAUACUUUCGUGAAGUAAAACAUUAAUUUCAGUAGCCAAUGUGUCUUUCGUUUAUAACAGAGAUUUGAGGCUGAUUGGAUCAACUGGAACCCUCGUCGUCAUAACUGAUGGAGUGCCGUAGUAAUGCAGGAAUUCAUUAUUGAAUAUGUUCAAUAAGAUUGAUCAAUUUGGCUUCAUUUCUUGUUUUGUGUGACGUGGUGCCCUUAUUAUUCCAUGGGUUUGUUAGUAUUUGCUAUAAUAAAGCUAAUGAAGUGAUAGUCAUCUCACAGUAAAGAUCUUAAAUGGGUAUUUAUAGCUUUACUCAUCACCAUGAAACAUCAUGUGAUGUCAUAAAUUCUCGAAAAGACAAAAACACACGCCGAUACAGACAUUCACAUAAAUAUAUACAUGCAUAUAAUCACGGACAGGCAUACAUAUAAAGCUGACAGAUACACAAACAUAAAUAUGACAGACUCACACAGACGCAUGCACAUAUAUUGCAGAAUUCAUUCGAAAUCUGAAACCACUGACACCGAGGCAGCAAGCUUAUAUUUAAUAAUCAUAUUAAAUCUAGAAGACAGGUAGAAGCAGGGAAACGAAUUACAGUCUGAUAGAUGAAUAGAGAACGUUCAGAUAGUUGGUUUUCAGUCAGGAACUGAACAGCAUUCUCCUGGGAGAAGAGAAACGCAAAUUUGAAGAGAGAUUUCAGGAAAUCUGUUUUUAACAUGGCUGAAUCUAUAAUACAUCCAGUUGAGGCGAACAAAGAACUGGAGGAUACACAUAUAUCAGAAAAGGGUAUUAUACAGCUUUUAGAAAAAUGUAGUGUUUUUGGACCGUAUCAGCGUAGGUUGUACACUUAUAUAUUAGUUUCAAAGAUAUUUUCAGUAAUAACAGCAAUGAGUAUAACGUUUUCCACUGGAAAUGUUCCCUUCUUAUGCUACCCACCAAACUUUAAUGCUUCGACAAUUCCUGCAAAUCUUACAGAGAAUGAAUAUUUACAAAUGCUUCGACCAGACGGCGACGAUCAAUGUUCUGUAUAUAACAAUAGUUUCACUGGGACAUAUUAUACAACACCACCAAGUAAUUCAUCUAAACUACAGUGUUCUUAUGGACGGAAAUUUCUGACGGAGGAGUUUUCUACAAUUGUAAGCGAGUUUGAUUUGGUAUGCGAAAGGAAAUGGUUAAAAUCCACUUUGCAAUCAGUUUAUUUUGCUGGUUAUCUUUGUGGCUGUAUUGUAUUUGGUAUUUUAUCUGACAGAUUUGGCAGGAAAACCAUGCUGCUUUGGGCACUCAUAUUUGUAACUGUCUGUGGACUUGGUAAAAUCUUCGUACCAUUGUUGGCCAUUCUUAUGAUUCUCUAUAGUCUUCAAGCUCUUAGCCAUAUUGGCACUUCAAUUACCUUCUAUACAAUAAUGUUAGAAUUUGCGACUACAAAUUCACGGACAGUUGUAAAUUUUGGUUAUAUGUGUAUUUUUACAUCGGUUUCCAUGAUUUUAUCAGGGUUAGCCUAUGCAAUCCCUGAUUGGCAUUAUUUCGAAUUGACUGUGUGUCUGCUACCAAUGAUUAGUGUUUGCGGUUGGAGAUUCAUUCCUGAAUCUCCGAGAUGGCUUAUUGGAAGAAAAAGGUUUGCAGAAGCAAAAAUAAUUCUCCGAAAAAUGAUAAAGCAAAAUAAAAUUCAUCCUCAGGAGUGGAUUGUUUUUUUCACAAAUGAUGUAAAAUCCUUUGAACAAAUUGAUUCUCAAGAUAAUUUGGACGACGAAAGAAAAUCACCCAGAGAAAAAAAUUAUACUUUCAUUGAUUUGUUUAAAACAUUCUAUCUGGCAUCGAUCACAAUUAAUAUAUGCUUCUCUUGGUUUGUGAUGAGUAUGGUCUACUAUGGAAUAACCCUUAAUUCCGUUGAUAUGGCUGGAAACCGCUCCAUAAAUUUUCUUGUGAUGUUAGCCGUCGAGUUACCCGCCUCUCUCUGCUGUUACUAUUUGUUUAUACGUUUUGGUCACCGGAAGCCUAUUAGUUUCUUCAUGAUGUUUAGUGGACUAUGUUGCAUCGUUUCAAAUUUUACAACCGAAGGUUCAUUCUGGUUUCCUUUGAUGCUGGUUGUUCUGGGAAAGUUUGGAAUCACUGCUGCAUUUAAUGCCAUUUAUCUCUUAACAGCUGAAAUUUUCCCAACCGUUGUUAGAACGAAUGCUUUGGGGGUAGCUUCAAUGGCUGCCCGUUUCGGCAGCAUAUUUGCACCCUUCAUUCUUCAACUCUCAUCCUAUGCCAAAUGGUUUCCUUUGAGUUUCUACGGCAUUCUUUCAGUUAUAUCUGGCUCGUUGUUGCUGCUUCUGCCAGAACCAAAGGAUAAAAACUUACCGCAAACAUUUGAAGAUUUGAAUAACUGGAAAACCUGAUGUAGUUUUAAAAUUAAAAAAAAAAUGCAUUGAACAAAAAACAACAAAAAAAAAAACAACAACAGGAAACCAUUAUUUCUUCGAAUAUAUUGUGGAAUUUUAGUUUUAUUUAUUUAUUUUUCUA